UGACAUCACCGCCCGUCCAUGGAUGUCAUCGCUCUUGCAGAUCCGCGCUCAAUGAAAACCUUCCCCAUCUGCACCCCGGGUCGUCGCCAACAAGCAAACCCCCCCGAAACACCCAUCCCGCCGCCCGUCGCCUUUCACAUCCCUCACCCGCGGCAUGGCGUCGAAAUUGUCCGUUCCUUGUCGUUGAACCUGACUUCGCCUUCCCUCCAACACCACCAUGCCGGUCCCUUUUCUCGGGAGACUGCACGCCUACGAGUACCUCGCGCUCGUGGGCUCCUUUGUACUCGUCGGCCUCGAGGCCAUCAUCCGUGUCCUGACCUUGGCUCUGCCCCCCUUCCUCGUUGAACUCUUCUACCGGGCGUCGCGGCGCAUCUUCAACCGAUACUCGACGCCCGAGCAGAAAAAGGCCGAGAACAGAAAGAAGUCCAUCUCCACCUCGAUCCGCGACGCGACCGACUUUGUCGAGCUCUGUCGGAUCUGGGGCUACGAGGCCGAGGAGCAUAUCGUGCAGACCAAGGAUGGGUUUCUCCUCGGUAUUCAUCGCCUGCAGUGGCGCAAGGGCGAAGAGGGCUCAAAGGUCAACUGCGGGCCGCGGAGCGUCAAGAAGCGCGUCGCUUACUUGCACCAUGGCCUGCUGAUGAACUCGGAGGUCUGGGUUUGCCUGACGGACGAGCAGCGAUGCCUGCCCUUUGAGCUGGUCGAGCGCGGCUUCGACGUCUGGCUUGGCAACAACCGUGGCAACAAGUACUCGAAAAAGUCGAUCCACUGCAGCCCGACGUCGGUCCAGUUUUGGGACUUUUCCAUGGACGAGUUCGCCUUCCACGAUAUACCCGACACCAUCGCCUACAUCCUCGACACGACGGGCCAGGAGAGCCUGUCGUACGUGGGCUUCUCGCAGGGCACGGCACAGGCCUUUGCCACGCUGGCCAUUCAUCCCAAGCUCAACAAUCAGGUCAACGUCUUCAUCGGCCUCGCCCCCGCCAUGGCGCCGGCGGGGCUGUCCAACGGCAUCGUCGACUCCCUCGUCAAGGCGUCGCCGUCGGUGUUGUACCUCAUGUUUGGCCGCCGCUCCAUCCUCAGCUCGGCGACCAUGUGGGAGACGCUCAUGUACCCGCCCAUCUUCAGCCGCCUCAUCGACAUGGGGUUGGCGUUUCUCUUCAAGUGGCAGACGCUCAACAUCUCGACAAGCCAGAAGCUGGCGGCAUACCCGCACUUGUAUUCGUUCACGAGCACCAAGAGCGUGGUGCACUGGUUCCAGAUCAUCCGCAACAAGUGCUUCCAGAUGUACGACGACGACGUGCACCAGCCCAUGAGCGUCACCACGUCGAGCAAAUACUCCAAGGUCGCCAAGUACCCGACGCGGAACAUAAGAACGCCCGUCGUCCUCGUAUACGGCGGCAGCGACUCUCUGGUCGACAUCAAGGCCAUGCUGCGGGAGCUGCCGCCGCAGACGGUUGCCACGGAGAUCCCCCACUACGAGCACCUCGACUUCCUGUGGGCGCGCGACGUGGACACGCAAGUGUUUCAGCACGUCUUGGACGCCCUCGACAGCUUCACCGACGCCGAGCACACGGCCGAGGAGUACAGCAGGUACUACAUGGUGCGCAGCGAGAGCCUCAUGGGGUCAGGCUACUUGGGCGCCAACCACCACCACCGCGGCAGCGAGAGCGAGACGUCGACGGUAGCGGGCGACGGCCAGGCCCCGCACGAGGUUCACCAGCACCUCGCGACGGAGCCCCUCCGAGACGACGCCCCGUCGAUACCGGAGUCGGUACAGAAGCCCGUCGAGGUGCACGGCGUGCCGCCCCGCGAUGCCGACGCGCAGUCCCGCGAGAAGCUCAAGGGCGUAGGGGUGCGUCGGGGGGCCGCCGCUGCGAAGAGCCCAGCCCUCGACAACAUCAACGAGGCCAGAAGCGUGCACAGGGAGAGAGACGCGGCGAAGAACGGCGACGCGACGUAUGCGGCGGUGGCGGCCGACGUACCGGGUGCGCAGGGGGAGACGAAGAAGCAACAAUGACGAUACCCUCGAGCGACGAAGAGAGGAGGCGCGUGUACUGUACAAAUUGCGCACAAGAACAUACCGCUACGUAGGACUGUACACCAUAUUUGCUUAACCUUUUGUUGAAAGGUCUGCUGAGACAAGUGCAAUGGCGCAAGAUGCGCGAGUGCUCAUGAUCCACGUGCGUCGUCGGUGAUUCAUGGUUAGUAUGCCCGGUGUCUCGGUGCAGGGGUACGCGCAAACCGGGGGCGCCGCUGUUGUCUCGCCGCCACGCGGGUCAGCAGCGUUGUGCCCCCGGGGACGCGAAUGGGGAGCUGUCGUCGCGGCGAGGGAGUAAGAUCUCACGAUGAGGCGACUUUGUUCCCCAUCAUACGGUACGUGCAUAGCUCACCGGGCUAACAGGUGAACCGCGCCGAGGGCUUGUUGGCUGCUGCUGC